UCAGGAAAAGGAAACACAUUUCACAUUUGUUGUUUUGUGUUCGAUUUUCUAGGCGAUUCUUGUUUGCACGUUUGCAUCACCGUACGACGUAAUGCAAAGAAACUUGCUGUUACGUCAUAGCACCGUAAACUCUUUGUAACUGCUGAAGUUGCUUUCUUGAACGUGGUCUAUUCAAGGCGGAAGACGCUGCACGCUGGAAUACAAUUGUUCUCUGCUUUUAAAAAAAAAAAAAAACUACAAACGGUUUGGAUAUUUACGCAAAAAUGUUACGGUUAUUUAAGUUUUUUAUUCUUCCAAACACCGGAGAACCGUUGAUAACACUUCCCACCGCUGACUCUGGUUUGUUGUUGAUGAAGGUGCUGUGUGCAGCUGGCCUGCCCUGACGUUCUCCCAGGGUAAGCUGUUUUUUUCUUCGUAGAGGACGUACAAGCUGACGGAAGCUGCACAGGCAGCUGCACUGGCCCCCUCCCAUUCAACCCCUGCGAUAUGAGCAGAGGUAGAGGAGGGCCUUCAAAGGAACCCUACCACAGGUACCCUCAACCUAACAUCCAGGCCAAGGAGACUUACAGGCCUGCUCCGACCUCACACUUUGCUCGAGGUGGCCUACAGCAGUUCCCAUAUUUAAGUUGCUACAACAGCCUGGUCCCUCCUGUAGGAUACUCCUCGCACCCAGCUUCCCCUGGUGUCCCCGCCGCCCCGCCUGUUCUCAACCACAAUAGACCCGAUUCCAAAUCUGUGGGUUUCAACAAUUCAGAUCAGAGUCCCCGUCCCAGUCCUGUGUCUAAUUCUUUUCAGGUCCAACAGGCAGAGUUUCUGCGGGGACACUUGUCUGAUGCCCCGAAUUUCAGAACAGGUCUGAGAGGAGGAAGAGGGGCGAGUGUCCCCAGCAGGUCCCCCAGUUCUUCAUAUCAGUCCCAGUCAAGAUACACCAGAUAUCCAAACUCCAACACCGGCUCCAGGAAUAGAUGUGGCUUCAGUCAAGAUCAGCGUACUGCUUUCUCCCCCAGUGGUGAACCUCCACGAGGCACUCAAGUCCACGGUCACCGGGACGUGAACCAUUUACAUGGUCAAAGCAACAGGCAGUACUCCAAAAGGCCGAGGCUCACACAAGGUAACUCUUUGUGUGACAGUUUUCACAGUUUGACCCUGAGUCAGAACAGGCUCAACAAAGAAGAAACAAGAGCUGGGAGACAAUCCAGCAGAUCAUCUUUUUCAGGCGCAAAGAAGGUUACCAUCAUCCUAACACCAGCCCACCAGGAGGAGGUGCACAGAGCAUUGGCUGCUUUGGAACCAGGUGAGAGCAUCUCUGCAAAGGCUUUGGCCAAAAAGCUGCGUCUUCCCAAAAAGAUAGUCAACAAGGCACUCUACGCCUUAGAACGCUCAGCAAAAGCCUCUAAACAAGGAAUCCUCCCCCCUGAAUGGACAGUCUACAGGGAACCUGUUGGAUGUCCAGCCAACUCUGAAGUGAGAAGUCCAGAAUCACAUCAGGAAGUCGCUGGAAAUUCCAAGGCUGAGGUUAAAGUUACAACAGGGGAGAAUAACGGCACAGAGCAGGUCAAAGACGAGGACUCUGACACAGAUUCCACUUCUUCCUACUGCUCUUCUUCGUCGGUGGAAUUCAAAGUGUUCCAGUCUCUUGCACAAGGUCACGGUCAAGAGAGGAAACCUCCCUGCACGGCUGUCUUCACCAGGCAGACGCCACAGCCUUCCACGAUGUCGGACCAAAAGGAACAGAUUUUGCAUUUCCUCUGCGGUUCAGGGGAGGCCACUGCGCUCGUCAUAGCCAAGAAUCUGGGGCUUAAAAAUGCCAAGCACGUCAAUCCGACGUUGUACGCUCUGGAAAAGCAAGGUCAAGUCAGUAAGAACCACGAUGUCACGCCGCACACGUGGGAGCUCUCCACUCACUGCAGAGAAAGAAUGGAGAGGAGCCUCAAAGCAGCGCAGGCCAACCAGGCUGACAUGUGUCGGAUGGAUGUGGCGGUUUCACGAGAGACGCCACAGUCUUCACCGCUAACACUCAUGACGGAUUCUGAAUUGAACACCUUUCCGCUGAAUUGGAAGCCAAAGCCAAGUCACAGCAAAGCAGCAGGGGAAGGAGAUUCCUCCUCCCAGUUCAGGUCACAACACGUCAAAGGCAACGACACAGAGUGGGCCUCUGAUAAUAUUCCUCUGUACCUCAACACCAUUCGCAGAGAGACCGAGGCCGUGAAACAGGCAGCACAGAAUGCCAACUCUGUGGGAACAGUCGCCGUGUCGGUGGCCGCACCGCCGCCGCAGAACCUGCGGGCCAAGUUAGAGGAAGUGAGGCUGAAGAACCCGGUCAGUGGCCUCAUGGAGUACGCCCAAUUUCUGGGCCAGAACUGUGAGUUUCAGCUGCUCGACCAGUCAGGACCGGCCCAUGACCCAAGAUUCCGUAUGCAGGUAAUGCUGAACGGCCAGCUGUUUCCCGUCGUCGAGGCGUCCAGUAAGAAAGUCGCGAAAAAGGACGCUGCUGCCGCCACGCUACGUUUCCUCAUUGCGGAGAUGCAGGGUGAAACCAUGUCUGGGGAAGAUGGAAACGGUGACAGUGGUGACAAAUUCAUAGUUCCAGUUCCAGAAGUCAGUGGGGGACAAGAAGGCAUGGGGGAGAUAUUGGGGUCAAGUAGUGUGGAAGGGAUGGUUGAGGAACCUCGUCAGCCAAUCUCCCGCUCCCUCCCCGGUGGGAAAAACCCGGUGUCUGUCCUGAUGGAGUACGGCCAAAGAAGUGGGAACCCUAUUGAGUUCAUCAUGACUGGCCAGGCCGGCCCACCACAUGACCCCCGGUUCAUGUACCGGGUGAAGGUCGGAGAGAGUUUCUUUGCCGAGGCCUCGGCUCCCAGUAAGAAGGCGGCGCGCCAGCUGGCAGCAGAGGAGGCCGUCAAGGAACUGAUGGCCGAGGGGAAGCUGCAGCUCAACAAGCCCCAGUUGCCCCUCGGCACUUCCAGUAAUAGUGAUGGCAGUUGCGCCGGGGCCACAUGCACACCUCUGCCCCCGCUGACAGCUGACGAGCUGCGAGCGGCUCACGAAGCCGGUGUAGGAGACCUCAUCAGCUACCUGAACAAUAACGCGGUGUCAGGUCUCCUGGAGUACGCCAGAGCCAGAGGCUUUGCUGCGGAGAUCCGGCUCGUGGGCCAGGCAGGUCCGCCACAUGACCCCAAGUUCACCUACCAGGCCAAGCUCGGUGGACGCUGGUUUCCUCCGGUUUGUGCGUCCAACAAAAAGCAGGGAAAACAAGAGGCAGCAGAUGCUGCUCUGAGAGUUCUAAUAGGAGAAGCUGAGAAGGCGGCUCGCACGGGGGAGCUCAUCCCAACUGAGCUUCCAGUGAGUGGCAGCACUUUGCACGACCAGAUCGCCAUGUUGAGUCACCAGCGAUUCAACGCCUUGACCACACGUAUCCAGCACAGCCUUCUGGGACGCAAGAUCCUGGCCACCAUCGUGAUGAGGAAGGGGGAGGGCCUGGGCACUGUUGUCAGCCUGGGAACUGGAAAUCGCUGCGUUAAAGGGGAGGAGUUGAGCCUGAAGGGUGAGACUGUGAAUGACUGCCACGCCGAAAUAAUCGCCAGGAGAGGAUUUCUUCGGUUUCUGUACAGUGAGCUGCUCAAGUACCACGACGGCACAGACGACGGUAUAUUUGAGCCUGGGCUGGAAAACAAACUGCAGAUCAAAUCUGACAUCACUUUUCACCUCUACAUCAGCACAGCACCCUGUGGAGACGGCGCUCUGUUUGACAAAUCCUGCAGUGAGACCGGGGAUGAGGUCGGAGGUCACCAGCCGCUGUUUGAGAACGCCAAGCAGGGAAAGCUUCGAACCAAAGUGGAGAAUGGAGAGGGCACCAUCCCUGUAGAGUCCAGCGCCAUCGUGCCCACAUGGGAUGGCAUCCAGCACGGAGAGAGGCUGCGGACUAUGAGUUGCAGCGACAAGAUCCUGCGCUGGAACGUACUGGGACUCCAGGGGGCGCUACUGAGCCAUUUUUUGCAUCCUAUCUAUCUGAAGUCCAUCACGCUUGGAUAUCUGUACAGCCACGGUCACCUGACCAGAGCGGUCUGCUGUCGGCUGGCCAGAGACGGUGAAUCCUUCUUCCAGAGUCUCCCUCCUCCCUUUACAUUAAACCACCCAGAGGUGGGCAGGGUAAGUGUGUACGACUCCACACGUCACACAGGGAAGACCAAAGAGUCCAGUGUGAACUGGAGCCUUCCAGACCAGCAGAGUGUGGAGGUGCUGGACGGGACCAAGGGCAAACAGGACGGAAACAAAAUGGGGAUUUCCCGCGUCUCCAAACACAACCUGUUCAGUCUCUUCCGCUCUCUGUGCGAGCGGUGCGGCCGCGCGGACCUCCGCUCCGUGCCCUGCUACGCACAGGCCAAAAUGUCCGCCGUGUCCUUCCAGCGCGCGAGGCAGCGUUUCUUCCAAAGCCUCCAGGCCCAGGGCUACGGCUCCUGGAUCAGCAAACCCCUGGAGGAGAAGAGCUUCGAGACGGACGAAAAAGCCUGGAAGAACGGAGUGGGCGUCGCAGUGGAACACGGCGGCAGUAAAAAUGGAGAACCGAUGGAGAUCAAGACGGAGGUGGUGUAGAACUGAGUGACAUGAAGAGAAGAGAAGCACAAACCUGGAGCAGCCGCGCGAGUCGGAGAAGGAAAACCAAACGAUCGGACCGUGGCCGGAGCCUGUCUCCUCUGUUCAAAGUGGAGCAGAUGCUGCUGAGUGAAUGUGACAGAAACUGAAGCAGUGAGUGAAAGGGAGCAAAGCCUGAUGGGUAAAUAGGAUCAGAGCGCACACGUCUACAAUCACAAUCUAGACACAUUCUGUUGAUGCACAAAAUACAUUAAUACACAAAACAAAAA